GGACGGCUGGAGUUAUGUAACGGAUGACAGUGUGGACAUGAUCACGUCACAGAUACCUAUCCGCCUUGUGCUAUAUUUUAACGACAUGGCUUUAACAGCCACGUACAACUUUCUUGAGUUCGAGCCCACGCCGCCCUCGCUUAGCGUGUUCGACGUCAGCGCCUGCUUUGCCGAGGCGAACAAGGUCACUUUCCAGGUCAAAUUUCCAGGCACAUAUAUCCCGGCUACGGAGGGGAGUCAGUGAUAAACUGGGCCCAGCUCGUGUUCGCCGAAAAGAUGGGCGUCUCGCUAUUGCGCGUUUCCGGCGUCCAGCUUUCUUCCGAUGACGCCAAUUUAUAUGUCACCGCCACACUGCUCGAUAAAACCUGGUUGGCAGCCCAGUUCACGGUACAGCCGGGCCGCUAUAUCGAGAUCAACACCGGCUCCAUCAUCUACAACUCGGCCAGCCCUCUCCAAUGUGCCAGCUACUGCGUCAACGACGCAGAGUUCGUCUGCAACAGCUUCGACUUCUGCACAAACGACCAGUCGUGUCACUUAAGCCCGACCCACACGGACAGCGGCACCACCAUGUCUCCCACCCCCUCCUGCUACCACUACUCAAGGACAGUGGACGGCGACACACCGCAGCUGACUAUCGCGGCUGCGUUUCAGUACCUCCGCGCCAACGUCUACAACCGUGGUCUGGUGCUCUCCAACAUCGGCCUGGGCACGUUGUUCAAGGCAAGUUCGCCGAUCCAAUGGGCGCAUCGUCCAAGAUCUUCCUGCUGGAGGCGGUGCACAAGGUGGUCAACCGGACGGGGUUGCCGCGCAUGCGAUUACAGAGGACGCGCCUCGAGCUCGACGACGACUUCGUGAACCUGUAUUCCAGCAUGGUGGAUAACACCGACCCAAUGAUGUAUUUCACGCCGAUCCCCAACAACCCUGUCCCACAGCACGUUGACAAGGUGCUGGGCGACCCCUCCACGAUACAAGAGUGCGCGCGCUCCUGCUUCCUGUACACGGGGUUUGUCUGCAAUAGUUUCUACUUCUGCGCCUCGAGCGGCCAGUGUCUGCA